UGGAAAGAAAAAGGAGUCACAAAACCUAGAUGUAGCUGCUGAACGUAGCCAGCUACAAUAAUUCAGUAACUUUUUAAUAUAUUUUAACCCACAGGCUUCUCGCAAUGAAACACUUCACAUACGCAGCGAUAUGGGCGGUUGCAUUGCCUCUUUACAUGGCAUCGAUUCAUGGAUUAUACAGUUUCGGCCAAUCAGAAUUAUUUUACAAAAAGAGAAACUGCAAACCGAUUCCUGAGACACUUCUGCUCUGUCACGACAUAGAAUAUACGGAGAUGAGACUUCCAAACCUUCUUGGGCACGAGACGAUGAACGAGGUUCUUCAACAAGCAUCAUCGUGGAUUCCUCUGGUCCAGAAACAGUGUCAUCCGGACACCAGGAAGUUCUUAUGCUCCCUCUUUGCUCCGGUGUGCUUGGACGAUUUGGAUGAGCCUAUUCAGCCGUGCCGGUCGCUCUGCGAGAGCGUGAAAGAAGGCUGCGCUCCGGUGAUGUCUGCUUUUGGGUUCCCAUGGCCGGAUAUGUUAGAAUGUAACCGCUUCCCACUAGAUAAUGAUCUGUGUAUACCUCCUGUCGGCACUGAUAACUUGGUACCCACCACCAAGGAAGCUCCAAAGGUGUGUGAUGCUUGCAAAGAAAAGGAAGAAAACGAGAACGAAAUUGUUGACAGCCUUUGUAGAAAUGACUUUGCACUCAAGAUCAAAGUGAAGGAAAUCGCGUAUAUGAACGGAGACACCAAAAUCGUCCCUGAAACAAAGAGCAAGACCAUCUACAAGCUGAACGGAGUGACUGAACGGGAUCUCAGGAAGACUGUUCUAUGGCUGAAGGACGGUCUGCAGUGCACGUGCGACGAGAUGAACGACAUUAACGCCGCCUAUCUAGUGAUGGGACAAAAGGUUGAUGGGAACCUGGUCAUCACCUCCCUAAAGCGCUGGCAGCGCGGGCAGCGUGAAUUCAAGAGAAUCUCCCGCAGCAUCCGUAAACUUCAGUGCUGAUCAUGCCCCAUUGACUCCACACUGUCAAGAUCCUUCAGCACCUUUAAAGCUCUGUCGGUGGGUUUCUCAACGCAGCUUCACCACGAGCCACUAACAGUUUACGCGUAAUCAAAUAAUGCAUUCUGACAAUGGAAAGAACUUAAGACUUACUUUUGGCGACGGAGGAAACGUGGCAUGCUUUUUUAAAUAACAGGUCGUUAUUUUCAGUUAAAAACUAUUAAAAACAUGAGAAUUAGCUGGCUAUUUUCUCAACAUUAUCAUCCUUAAAUGUAGCUUUUAUAUUACUUGGGAACCUGUUCAAAGCAUGUUUUAAUAUCUAAAAAAUUUUUUUUACAUUUUGGCCUACAUUGAAUCAAUCCAGCUUUUCUCGUAACACAGAUCUGAACUGAAAUGCAUGUGCUUUUUAAAAUCUACAUUUCUGUGAUGUUAAUAUUUUGCGCUUCUUUUGGUAUUUGAGCAUAAUAGGGCACUGUUUCGUAAUUUUAUUUUACCGAUAUUCUGUUUUUACAGUUUGUUCUAUAAUCUAUUUUGAAAAGCACUGACGGAUUUCAAUGAUGAAAAUGUAUUUUAACGAUGCGUGGGUAGUUAAAUUGCCUACUUCUGCAUUGUCUUUAUGAAUGAGAAACAUUCCUAAGGACAAUGCACGUCACAUACACAUUUUACCACUGAGUGCCGUUGAGGUUUGUUCCCAGCUGAUUGUGCAUUUUAAGAAUGGCUCUUUACCAAAAAUGGAAUCGUCAAUGUUGUAAAAUACCACUUAAGAGUUAAUUAGCAUUUGAAUAUAAGCAUUGUAUAAAGAUGUAUGUACAUAGUGGGGUACUGAUUAUUGUAACACAUUAAAAUGUAAAAAGCUCAGUUUAUUUUUGAAUGGACAACCUGUUUGGUUCAUUAGAUUCUUACACACGCUUUUCCACACUGCACUCAAACAGUGUUGUAACUGUUAUUUCUAUGUGCAAUUAGCCUUGAGUGGCCUUCUGUAAUACUAACCAAAAUAUUUUUUUUGACUUAUUACGCAUACAUGUAAUUUGCUUAAGCAUUAAACUACAUAAGAAGAAA